UCCGCCGUCGCGUCCCGGGGAGAGAGGAGAGCAGACCGCGGGGACGACGUGCGUUGGGGUUAUUCAGGAAUCGUUUCUGCUUAAAAUUUAAAACAAUACCCAGGACGCAGAAGGAAAACGGAGCGUCACAUCAGUUUCCUUACCGUAAUGAAAAUGGGUUGUUCAGCCCAGGCGCAGAGUCGAGUCGCGAGUACUCGGUGCUCACUUUUUAACGAUAACGUUGGGCAUUUGUCGAGCUGCUUCUCUAUAUACCUCCUCGCUUCCUGCGCUUCACUUGCUUCACAGUGCCCUGCGAGUGGAGCAGCACUCUAAUAAACCGUUUUACCAAAAAGUCUUGAAAGUAAACUUGCCCAAGAUUUGGAUUUGUCGGUAUAGGAUCAGAUGAACGUGUUUUGCACGCUUGGCCUGUUGCUUGUUUCCUAUUAGAAUACGUGCUCCUUGCCGGCUGCUGUGUCCCCAGCCAACUUGGCGCUCGAAAGCAAUAAUGAUGUACAUGGGCCUCUGGUGAACUUUAAACUACUGUCUUUAAGAACAUUGGGUCAGAAGUUGAGGUUUCCACUAUCGAGAAACAACGGAGAGAGCUACAGCUGCUCAUUGGAGAAUUAAAAGAUCGAGAUAGAGAGCUCACUGAGAUGGUUGCAGUACAUCAAAGACAACUUCUUUCAUGGGAAGAGGAUCGGCAGAAAGUGUUGACUUUGGAAGAACGUUGCAGCAAAUUAGAAGCUUCAAAUCUGACCACAAGUCAGUUAUUGAUGAAAUCUCCCUCAGGUGAACUACAUAAAAGAACUGAAAUAAUCAGGUCACUCACAAAGAAGGUAAAAACCCUUGAAUCGAAUCAAAUUGAAUGCCAAAGUACUCUUCAAAAGACUCAACUACAGCUUCAAGAAAUGGCCCAAAAGGCAACUCAUUCCACUCUCCUCUCUGAAGACCUUGAGGCUAGAAACAAAAAUCUCAGCAACACAUUAGUGGAACUUUCUGCUCAAGUGGGACAAUUGCAAGCUCGAGAACAGGCUCUCACCACCAUGAUAAAGCUGAAGGACAAAGAUAUUAUCGAGGCAGUCAAUCACAUUGCUGACUGUUCGGGUAAAUUUAAAUUGUUAGAGCAUGCCUUACGCGAUGCUAAGAUGGCGGAGACCUGUAUUGUGAAAGAAAAGCAAGAUUAUAAGCAGAAAUUGAAGGCACUUAAGAUGGAAGUCAAUAAGCUAAAAGAGGAUCUAAAUGAAAAGACAACAGAAAAUAAUGAACAACGAGAAGAGAUCUUUCGCCUCAAGCAAGAGAAAAGUUGCCUGCAUGAUGAAUUGGUUUUUACCGUAGAGAGAGAAAAAAGGAAAGACGAGUUACUGGAUAUCGCAAAGUCAAAGCAAGAACGCCUGAGCACGGAGCUGCAUAAUCUGAGACAGAUUUACAUAAAACAACAGCGUGAUCUGCAGUUUCUUCAUUUCAAUGUGGAAAAUUCUCAGGAAUCAAUACAGAUAUAUGACUCAAAGAUGGAGGAAUCAAAGGCCCUGGAAUCCAGCAGAGAAGUGUGUUUAUCAGACCUUGAAAAUAACCACCUAAAAGUCGAUUUUAAGAGGGAGGACAAUCAGAAGUCACUGGUUAAGGACCAAAAAUUUGAGACCACGUUGGUUCAGCAAAAUAAGUCAGACGAGAGCUCUUAUGAUGUAUGCAAAGAGAAGAAACUACAGGUUAAUCCUUCAUUUGGGGGAAAAAGUGUAAUUGCUAUCUCAUCUCUAUUUGCAAAAGACUUAGUGGAGAAACAAAAGUCUUGGUCUCUGGGAGGAAAAAUCCAGACUGAACCCGAAAACAAAAGUACAUUUUGCAAGAUCCACGCAAAAUCACCAAAAGGUAAUGGAGCUGGGAUUCAGAAUGAAGAGGAACAACUCUCGGAAGCAUCAACAUCUGGAUCCGAUGAAAAGUGGCAUGACGUCAGCCUUUACCUGGGCCUGGCCGACUGUUCUGAUUCAAAACAACCAGAAAAGCUAGAUUUCAAAUGUCAAGAUCACCUGGAAAGGUCUGGAGUCUCAUGUUGCCAUAAAAGCGAAGCCUGUCUGGAUGAAAGUGACAUGUGGGCAUCCGAGUGCUGCCACCCGAGUAACUUCGUAAUCGAAGCUCCAGGCCACAUGUCUGACGUGGAAUGGAUGAGCAUCUUCAAGCCUUCCAAAGUGCAGAGAAUCGUGCGCCACAAAUCGGUGUGCACUUGUUCGGAAAGUGCCAGUGGAACCAAACACAACUCCUCUACAAGUGAGUUGAUCCAGCAGUCCCACUGUCUGGGUUCUUCAAAAUCUGCCUUAAGAGAGGAUGAGAAGUUGAUAGAGACGGAGUCCUCUUCUGAUAAAAAGAACUCAUCUAAGAUUUUGUUAGUCAACAAAGAUGCAGCAUUGCCCAGUGAAAAGGAUGAUUUUUCUCCCACCAGCAAGCUUCAGCGUUUGCUGGCAGAAUCCCGUCAGAUGGUUACAGACCUGGAGCUGAGCAUGCUGCUCCCCAUCAGCGCUGAGAAUCUCAGCAGCAGCGCCAGAAAGAAUGAGGAAGUCUCAGAAGAGUCAGCUGAAAGAAAUACCCUUCUCAGUAAUUGAAGAAAACAAAUUCAUGUAUUCAUGGUGAUCAUGGAAGCCGAUUUCUCAUCCAUGUGGAAGGCAGGAAGCAGACAUCAAUACCUAAUACUUAACCUUGAAAACAAAAAGAGGAUUGUAAUCCUUCGUAAGCAACAUUUAAUACCAAAGGGGAGCAGAAACUGAAAGUUAAUUUUUAAACAUCUAUAUUUUGUUUGUCUUCAGGUUAACCAUUUUUCAUGUGUAAACUACUUUUCAUGUGUAAGAAAUAUUUUUCAUGUGUAAGAAAUUAGACCUAAUUUUGUAUUAUAUAUAAUAUACAAACUUGGAAUUAUGCUAAGAGAGAAAAAGCCUUCUCCGUAAAGAUGCGCACUACAGUUAAAUGCUCGAGAAGCUCUUUAAAAGUGUUUACAUCAAAUAGAGAAUCCAUGCAUAUAAAAUGCUGUUUUAACUAUCUGAUUUUUUUAAAAACCUGUGCAUACAUUUAAAUUAUAACCAGUAGCUUAUCAGAGUCAGCUCCAAAUCUAUGAGAAAUAUGUUCUCUUGUGGUUUUUAGCCCUGAACUUUGCUGUGUAGAGACAUAAAAUGAUAUGAUAUAAAAUAUUUUAAACCAGAAAAUAUCUCCUGGGUUACUGACAGUCGAGGUCCUUCUGUUCCAAAAGCUGAGCAGGGCCCCCUGUUGUCUGGGUCAGGAGUAGUCCUAUCAACUUAUACAAACAAAAGCUUGCUGGAGGAUCAAGU